AUGCACGAGGGGUCCAAUACAGUAUCACCUCGACCACCCAUCGAUGCUGACAACUUUGAGAUCAAGCUCGCAGUGAAUGAGGUUCCUAUAGAAUCGGUGGGACUGCUUCUUUUCAGAUUCUCUCUGAAAGAUAGGGCCAAGCAGUGGCUGAAUUCUCUACCAGCAGAUAGCAUAUUGUCUUGCGAGCAAUCUGAAGAGAUAAUAGAAAAUGUGGCAUUAAACCACCAUCAGUGGGCAUCUGAAAGAUCUAGCGGUGCUUUCUCAGGAAAUAAGAUGAAUGUGUCAGGAAAAUUCGAGGUGGAUGCAUUCAAACUCAUGUCUGUGAAGCUGGAUGCCCUGGCUAAGAAAUUUGAAGCCAUGGGUAGCAACACAGCUAAUGCAAUAGUUUGUGCUUGCGACAUCUGUGGAAGUGUAGACCACGCUCAAGAUACUUGUCCCCUUGGGCCAAUGCAGGCACAGAUAAACCAGCUUGAGCAAUGCAUUGCAAUAACAGGCUACAAUCAAAGGUAA